AUGUAAAUGUGCUGGCGCUAAGUGGGAGUGCCCGGCCAUUAGUGGAGCUGUCGCUCUCCGCCCGCCUUCAGAGCUCGUGCCGUGCUGGAGCAGCUCAGGAUGCUCAGCCACGCGCUAUACACAUACUGAAACGCACACAUAAACACACAUUGGAGCUGGAGCUGGAGCUUCCACAUGCUGCAGGACCUCACCGAGGACAACCAGGCAGCAACUAACGACCGGCUACAACAAACACGCAUAUUAUCCGAGACAAGAAGAAGGUGGUGGGCGAGAUCUCCUCAACUAAAACGCACUGCUGCUCUCUUCUUCAGCUAAGCUGUUUCCAGGAAUGGAAUCUAUCUCGAGCCAGCUUUCCACGGGCACAGAUUCCACCUGUUCUCCAACCAGGAAGCAAGAGCUGCAGCCGUGCACCUCGCUAAAGCCCAACCAGGUGAGCGAGACCUCCCUGUACGGGAUCCCCAUCGUCUCGCUGGUCAUCGACGGUCAGGAGCGCCUGUGCCUGGCCCAGAUCUCCAACACGCUGCUGAAAAGCUACAGCUACAACGAGAUACACAAUCGGCGCGUGGCGCUGGGCAUCACGUGCGUGCAGUGCACUCCCGUGCAGCUGGAGAUCCUGCGGCGCGCGGGCGCCAUGCCCAUUUCGUCGCGCCGCUGCGGCAUGAUCACUAAACGCGAGGCCGAGCGAUUGUGCAAGUCGUUCCUGGGUGAACAUCGGCCGCCCAAACUCCCCGAGAACUUCGCUUUCGAUGUGUCGCAUGAGUGCGCAUGGGGCAGCCGCGGCAGCUUCAUCCCCGCGCGCUACAACAGCUCGCGCGCCAAGUGCAUAAAGUGCUCCUUCUGCAGCAUGUACUUCUCGCCCAACAAAUUCAUUUUCCACUCGCACCGCACGCCCGAGGCCAAGUACACGCAGCCUGACGCGGCCAACUUCAAUUCGUGGCGCCGCCACCUCAAGCUGACUGACAAGGGAUGUCCUGACGAUGUCACACACGCGUGGGAGGACGUCAAGGCCAUGUUUAAUGGCGGCAGCCGCAAGAGAACGCUGCCCGUGGGAAUCUCGGACAGCGCGCACCCGCCCCACAAAGUGCACGCACCGGGCAGCCGGGCGCAUGUUGAGCCGCCUGAAGCGCCACACAAACCCCUGCGCUGCCCGAGUGAGGAGGACAGACCCGGGGUGGCCGUGACCACAGGAGUUCGCAGUUAUCCAGUAAUCCCAGUGCCCAGCAAAGGUUUUGGGAUGCUGCAAAAGAUCCCACCACCCCUUUUUCCACACCCAUAUGGCUUCCCAGCUUUCGGCCUAUGUCAGAAGAAGGAUGAUGGCACCGUCCUGGCAGGAGAGCAGAGCAAAGCAGGCCUGUCUACUGCUGUCUUCUGGCCUGGCACAAAGGACAGUACCUACCCUUCAUUUCCCAUGUUCUGGCCCACCGUGCCACCAUACCACCACCCGCAGCCCAAACCACCCUCUGACCCCCUCUGCAUCAGACAGGUCGAGCUGGACCCACCUGAACCAAGUGAACGGCGGUCCAGCACCCCAAAGGAUGCCUCACAAGAUGGAGAGCGGUGCUCCAGCCGCAGUGAAGAAGACAAGUCCGGGGACGACAGCAGGUCAGUGGAAGGGAUAGGAGCUGCCCAGAGGCGAAUGAGCUAUGUGUCAGCAUUCCGGCCUGUGGUCAAGGAUGCAGAGUCUAUAGCCAAGCUGUAUGGCAACAGGGGUCCAUACCCUGGAACCAGGGCUGGCUACCUGUCACCUGACUUCCUCAGUGAGAGCUCCAGCUACAGGUCAGUGUCUCCGGACAUGGACAGUGUGGAUGAUCCGGAUGUUGAUGUAGAGUCCAACAAAGUACAAGAGGAUGAUGAGUGCCUUCAGCUUUCUGUGGAUGACCAGCACAGCCCUCCAUGUCUGACAGCAAUACACAGUGAUGGGGUAAAGGGUCAUGAAGAAGACACUGGCCACCUAGCCACUAUGAGUGACCCACAUACGACUGACUCAAGUGAGGCACGCUCUUGUGAUGUGGAGAAGCAGAGCAAAGCACUGUUGGAAAGCAGUAAAGCCAUGGUACGAUUCCAGGUGUACUCACGCGAGAGGGACGAGCAGCAGAUGAGCGGCGCGUGCUUUGGGUCAGCGGCCCCAUAUGAGCGCGAGCCACGGGAGGCCAAAGUUAAGGAGGCGCAUGAGGAGGAACCCUCGUCCACAGUGGAGGAGAUGGAGCCGAGGACGCAGAGCGGAGUGUGUAAAACAGGCCCGAGGGAGGCCAGCGACGAUAUGGAGGCAGUGCGCAUUGAACCAGGCCGAGGAGCGCUGAUGAUCGAAAAAAACAUAGAACACAUGGCGAAGGAAGAGCUGCAGAAACAGCUGGUGGAGCAGGUGGAGCUCAGAAAGAAGCUAGAGAGAGAGUUUCAGAGUCUGAAAGACAAUUUCCAAGACCAAAUGAAAAGAGAGCUCUCCUAUCGAGAGGAAAUGGUCCAGCAGCUGCAGAUUGUGCGAGACACAUUGUGCAGCGAGUUGGACCAUGAAAGAAAGGCUCGUUAUGCUAUUCAACAGAAGUUAAAAGAAGCUCACGACGCACUCCACCAUUUCUCGUGCAAAAUGCUGACCCCUCGUCAUUGCUCCGGGACCUGCACCUUCAAGCCUCCUCUACUACCACCGUGAUGCCUUUAGGUCCUCAUUCAUUUCAAGACUUCUCUGGACAGGGGCACUGCUUUACCAAUAAGCAACAAAAAAGACAUUCUCACACCAGUGCAAGAUCUACAAAUAUAAACCUGGAAUAAGCAAGAGUGUAUGGUAGAAUGCUAGCUCUCCAACUGUAAUUAGAAUUAAAUGAAAAAAAAACAUCUUAUUGUAUGUACUGUAUAAUUUAUAUAAAAAAUCCAGCUCUUCAUUAAAGAAAUCUGACAUGUUUCAUUGAAACUAUGACCAUCGGUUUUGGAAAAUGACUAAGAUACUUGUAUUAGGUGGCUUUGUGCAAUGCAUAUAUUAUGUAUUAUAAUUCAUUUUCUGUGCUACUCUUUCUGUUGGUGAAAUGUUAGGGCACUUGGUUGAUUAAGUUAGACACUCCAGUAACGUAUCACUGUAUUGUACAAUUUAAUUUAACCCAUGUCUCAUCCAUGAAUGUUGUUUGUUCUCAUCUGUUUCAACUGUGUAAAUUAUUGAUGUAAAGCACUUUAAAUAGGCAAAAAAUACCAGAAUGGCGGAAGUGUGUAUUAAAUGAUCUCGUCUGAGAGGACUACACUAUCAUGACCUUUCUGGCAACAAUGAUCUACAUGUUAUUAUUCACUGUGAGUUCAAUUUUCCAAUGGAGAGUACAUGGCAGCAACCCUGUAUUACAGGGUGCUCUUCAUCAUAUCCCAAUACACAAAUACACAAAUGAAACAUUUGUAAGUACUCGGUGUAUUAUUCGAGAACAAUGCUGCACAGAUAUUACAAUUUUAAUGCUAAUUUGAAUGCUGGGUCUCCUGUUUUGUGAAUUGUCCUUCAUCAGAUUGCAGUCACCAGCACCUUUUUUCAGAUAAUGCUAAUAAGCGUGUCAUACUCUGUGGCCCAAAUUUGCAGACCUCUCAUGAGAAACGCUGCCUGUGGGCAUGGUCAAAUCAGGUCCACAAUGGUCAUAUGACUGUUUGACAGUGUGAAAGCACUGAAGUGAAUCAGAAGUGAAUCCGCUACAGAAUAUCACACCACUGAUGCUCAUCAUUCCUACUUGGAGGUAAGACGCACAUGGUAUAUAAAGAGUAUUAGAACUAUGAUACAUGGAUUGUACAAAAAAAUCUGUCUCAGGUCUGUACCUUCUAUCAUGUACCCCAAGUCAGUGGUCUUGAUCUUAUUUAUUAAAGGCCAU